GACGAGCCCUUCCUGAGAACCGCCCGGAACAGUAACUACACGUACCCCACUACGCCAGCCAUUGAGAACUGGGGCAGUGACUUUCUGUGCAUGGAGUGGAACCCUUCCAGCAGCAGCCCGACCUCUGUGCAUAAGCUCCGACCAGCAGACAUCAAAGUGGUGGCCGCAAUGGGGGACUCACUGACGACGGCCAUGGGUGCUCGCCCACACAACUCCAGCAAGCCGCCCACGUCCUGGAGGGGCCUGUCCUGGAGCAUUGGAGGGGACGGGGUCCUGGAGACCCACACCACACUGCCCAACAUCCUGAAGAAGUUCAACCCUGACCUCUUGGGGUUCUCCACUGGCACCGGGGAGGGGACAGCAGGACUGAAUGUCGCUGUAGAAGGGGCCAGAGCACAGGACAUGCCAGCCCAGGCCCUGGAGCUGGUGGACCGCUUGAGGAACAGCCCCGACAUCGACCUGGAGAAGGACUGGAAGCUGGUCACCCUCUUUGUGGGGAGCACCGACCUUUGCCGCUACUGUGAGGAGAGGCCGGAGGCCCCCUUGGCCGAGGAGUUCGUGCAGCACAUCCAGCAGGCCCUGGACACCCUUUACAAACAGCUCCCGAAGACUUUCGUCAACGUGGUGGAGGUCAUGGAACUGGCCAGCCUGCCCCAGGGCCAAGGCAGGAAGUGUGCUGUGCCAGCAGCCCAAAACAGCUGCGCCUGCCUCCGACAUGCUCAGGACCCCCUGCAAAUGCAAGAGCUGAAGCAGAUGACCUGGAGCCUCCAGAGCGGUGUCUCCAGGCUCUCCUACUGGCCCUGGUACAUGCAGCGCGAGGACUUUGCGGUAGUGGUGCAGCCUUUCUUCCAAAACACGUUUGUGCCCCUGACCGAGGGAGGGGAUGCCGACCCCACCUUCUUCUCUGAAGAUUGCUUCCACUUCUCAGCCCGUGGUCAUGCUGAGAUGGCCAUUGCUCUCUGGAACAACAUGCUGGAGCCCGUGGGCCACAAGACCACUUCCAACAACUUCACCCACAGCAGGGCCAAGCUCAAGUGCCCCUCGCCGGAGAGCCCGCACUUCUACACGCUGCAAAACAGCCAGCUACUCCCAGACCAGGCCACAGCGGCCCCCGAUGCACUCUCCUGGGCCGUGCCUGUGGCAGCCGGUGGUGGCCUGCUGGUGGGCGUCGUGGGGGCAGUGGUCUGGAGGAGUAGGAGAGGUCGCCCAAGGGAAGACCCCCCGAUGAGCCUGCACUCUGCAGCCUUCUAG